AUGCGACCUCCUGAGCACUUAGGACGACCAGCACAGACGUCGAUGCCUCGUCGACGCGCUCAGUUGUCAAAAUUAAUCUCCGCAAAGCCUCGCGGCCCCAUCGCAGUGCGUCGUGCCGCCGCAGCGCUGAAAUUUCUCACUUCCCUCGUCGUUUCUGUUCUGGUAGUCGGAGUGAUCUGUGCACGACGCCGCAUUCAUCGCGAAGAGCCUGCACGAGCGGAGACGUUCCCGAUAAAGUCACAAGUUCUUACUGAUUAUUCUCCGAAGUUGACAGAUUCCACUUUAGUGAAGUCGAACAGCGUCCAGUCAGCCAGUGACGAACUCACCAACUCCUCCUCAUCUCGCUCACUCCAACGGCACUCCACCCAUCAUCAUCACCCGCUCCAUCUCCGCAGCCUCUUACCCGCCGAUUUCUUCGCUCUUCGCGUCCCGCGUACCGUUUAUCCGCAUUCUGCCGUCUCGGACUUGCCGCACUUGCCGCUGUCUGCGUCGAGCCGGCAUGACAACGCCAGCACAGCCAGCAGCGGCGGGAAGCGCAAUCGCGCCCGCAAGCGGCGCCUCCGCCGCGUCGGCGGAAGCGGAAGCGGGCUGUGCAUCGCGAUCGCGUCUUCCCCGCGCCCGGACCCGCGGAGAGUGCGCCCGCCGUGGUUCACUGUCACGAACCUGCUCUCGGCGCUCGACGGCCUGCGCGCGGGGGGACGGCCCCGUGGAGUCACGGGGAAGGCGCGCGCAAUGGCGGAGAGGAGCGCGGGGCUGUUUGACCGCGCAAUUCGCGUGAUAGUGUACAGCGGGGGAUGCCAGGUGCGGGAUGUGCGGAAGAUGGCGGAACAGGUGGCGGAAACGCGGAAAGGGAAGGAUGGAGACGGUAGCGAAUCCUUAAAUGAGGUUGAGCGGAAUCAAGGCACAGAAAAAGAAGGCCCCUUUUCCUCCUCCUCCUCCUCUUCCUCUUCCUCUUCCUCCCCCGCUCGUUUCCACAUCCCAGCCUCCUACGACCUGGCUGCACGCCGCCUCGCCCGGGCCACCAACACCUCCCUCGCCUCCACUCGCGCCCUCGUCACCACCCUCGCCAUCGCCGCGCGCCUCAACCCCCUCACCGCUCCCCACACCGCCGCAAUCCUCUCCACCGCGGCCUCCCUCUCCCUCCCCGUCCAUGUCCUCCCAGCGCACCCCGCCAUCUGCUCCUUCCUCGACGACCCGCGGCUGAUGCUUACCAAAGUGCCGGCGGGGGUGGUGGAGAGCGAGGGGUGGGAGCGGUGGCGGUGGCACGUGAAGCUGGCAAUGGACACGGUGCACGUGGUGCGGCAGUGCGCGGGCACUGGGGCGAGGUUUGUGCUGCUGCUGCAGGAUGACGUGGUGCCCACGUGGCUGUGGGACGUGGGGAUUGAGAGGUUUAUUGGGGUUGACCUGCCUAGAUUGGUGUCGGCGCGGGAUAGGGAGAAGGAGGAGGAGAGAGAGGGGGAGAUGAAAGGGGAGCAGGAGCAGGAGCAGGAAAGGGAGGGGGAGAGCGAGGGUGGAAGGGGGUGGAAGAGGGAGAGUGGUACAAUGGGGCGUGAGCGACAGUUUGCAUACCCUGCUUGGGAUGUGCUGUCACUCUAUUAUCCGCAGACCUAUGGCUGGCAGCUGACGCACGGAUCGGAGUACACAGUGCCAUGCUGCGCACAGGCGCUGCUAUUCAACGCGUCCACAGUGGGUGGCUUGUUAGAGCAUAUUGAGUCUGGCCUUAUGAGGACACCAUUGGACCUGCUGAUCCAUGAGUACCUCACCACUGCCAGUGGUGGCAGUGGUGGCACUGGUGGUGGUUCGGGUGCUGAUAAUGGUGGUUCUGGUGAUGCUGAUGGUGGUAGUGCCAGUGAUAAUGCCAGUGGUAGUGACGGUGUUACGGUAGGAGAUGGUCGCCGACGUGCGUACGUGCACAUUCCGUCGCUCUUUCAGCACAUAGGAGUGGUGCGGACCAACGUCCUGAAAGGCAACCAGCGGCACCGGGACAGGCUGUUUCAGCCGGACUACGUUGAAGAGCCGUACAGGAGGGUGGAAGAGGUGAGGGACCAGAGGAGGAGGAAGGAGGAGUUGGAGCAGGAGGAGCAAGAACUGCGCAAAUGGAGGGUUGCCAGGAUACGGGGGAGAAACCCUGCGAAGCACACAGAUGUGAAGGUGGCUGGCGGUGUUGCAACGGAGGUGGUGAUUGGAGAGGGAGCGAGUGAAGGUGCAUCGGUGAAAGUAGCCACUGCAGUGCACCCUGGGCACGCAUUGUCCUGGGCUUCAUUUGUCUGAAGGAUUUUGUUCCUGCAGCUAAAUAAAGAUGUACAUUACUGGCUUGAGUAUAAGAACCGCAAUUAUUU